AUGUCUAUUAAUAAGGCAUUGUGUGAUUUAGGAUCAAGUAUCAAUCUGAUGCCCCUGUCUAUGAUGAGAAGGUUGUCUAUAAAAGAAGUGAAACCUACACGGAUGUCCUUGCAACUUGCUGAUAGAUCACUGGUAAUUCCCAAUGGAGUAGUUGAGAAUCUGUUAGUCAAGGUAGGGAAGUUCAUAUUUCCAGCAAAUUUUGUAAUCCUGAAUUUAGAUGAAGAGGGAAGUGAUUCUAUCAUAUUAGGAAGAUCUUUCUUGGCCAUAGCAAGAGCUAUUAUUGAUGUAGAGAAAAGAGAAAUGACCUUGCGGGCACAUGAUGAGCACAUAAUCUUGAAUGUCUUUAAGGAGAUGUAG